AUGGCGGCAUCGUACACGUUUGGGACGGUGUCUUCAGACUCGUCGGUGACGGGGAGUCUUGCUGAUUCGAAAUCAAAGUUGUCGAUUCCUGUUUCCUUGAUAAGAGACUCGAUUUUCUUGAUUUUCUUGAUCGACCCGUUGAUUCUGAAGAUUCCUUGUUCUGGGUCCUUUUCCAAAACAAAGCUGCAGCAUUUGUGGACCAACAGAGGAACGGUCAGUUUGAGCCCAUCGAUUUCCAGCUCGAUAUUGGAUGUCUUGGCCUCAUUUUCCAACAAAUGGCCAGAAGACAAAGGAGUAGCCACAGGGGUGGCCGUGUUUCUUCUUAAGGUCGUGGCAGAGGCUUCUUGA